AUGUCUCAAGAGCCAGGCUCAAGCAGAGUGUGCACAGGGACCAGGGCACGGUCCAGGAAGCCCAAGAAGCCACACUACAUCCCGCGGCCCUGGGGCAAACCCUACAAUUACAAGUGCUUCCAGUGCCCCUUCACCUGCCUGGAGAAGUCGCACCUAUACAACCACAUGAAGUACAGCCUCUGCAAAGACUCCCUGUCUUUGCUGCUGGAUUCCCCAGACUGGGCGUUCCGCCGCGCUCCUGCCACACCCAGGCCCCAUGCACCCACUCCUCCCCUCCCAGGAGACUCCUCAGACCCUGGCAGCCAGCCACAAGGAGCCACCACGCCUGACCUGGCAGUUGUUGACAUCCUCUCCCUGCACCAUAGUGGGGGCCCCAAACCUGGGGCCAAGGGGUCCCCAGGGUCCCUACCUGCUGCGGCUAGGGCUGCCCAGAAGGGUCUGGGCCCAGGUGGGCUCCUGGCUGAGUCCUGGAAGCCAGGGGUGAGUGGAGGCCUAAGGAGCACAGCUGUGGGGGAUGUGGCUGCAUCUGGCCCCAAGGGCAAUGCCCCUUGCUACCCCCCACCCACACCAGGAGAGUUCUCUGAGGCCCAGAGCCUCCAACUGUCUUUGCUGGGAGUCAACUACCCUCUCAGCCCAGGCCUCUUCUCCUACUUGGGGCCCUCACUGGCUGCUGCAGCCCAUGUGCCCUUCUUGGCCUCAGCCGGGCCCCUGCUGCCCCCAGCCACAGCCUUCCCAGCCCUGCAGCCUGCUGAACGCCCAGCCUUGGCCCCCCGCCUAUACUGCCCACUGCUACUGGAGCAUGCUCUAGGACUGCCAGCUGGGAAGGCUGCCUCUGCCAAGGCCCCUCCCUGCCCCAAGGGCCCCCCUAGGAUGCUUGAUCCUGGCUUGCUGGGGGGGCCCUGGCCCUGCAGCACCCUUAGGGACCCAGGGCAGGAGGGGGAGCUAGAGCAGACUGCCCAGUAUGACCUCAAGAAGAGGCCACCUUUGGGGAGCAGGUUGGAGCUCCCAAAGACCUCUCCUGACCUGGCCAGGUUCUGCUCCCAGAGCAGCCUGCCCACCGCCCCAUCUGCCGUGCUCUGGCCUGAGGACAAGGACCCGGGCACAGACCCUGAGACCACUGGCCCCCAGGGCUCCCUCCUCCCACAGGCUCGGGGCCCAGUGCCAGGAAGCCCAGGGCACAUGGGUGAGGACCUGACACGGGCCCUGGGCGACUUCGCCAGGGUGGAGCAACGCCUGGGGCAAUUGGCACCUGCAGGAGGCCUGGCCCCAAGACCUCUGAGGGAGCAGUUGGGCAGGAUCCGCCUUGAGCUGCUCACCAUUCACCAAGCCCUGGAGCGGGCUGUGCAACCGCCAGACACACCCCUUGACCUCUCUGUGAAACGCAUGCCCACCAAGAGGUCUGAGGGGAUCUGGGGGUCAGCUGAACUGCACCCCGUAUUGGCCCCAGGGACCCCUGAGUCACCUAGCAUGAUGGCCCCCCCAGCACCAGAACCCUUCUCUGGCCACACCACCAAGUGCGAGGCAGACUCCAGUGUCCCACCCCCAGGCCUCCCCUUGCAGGCCCCUGAGGACCCGAUUGCUGGCAGUGGCUGGGGCCCCUGUGUUGGGGCUGGGAGCUCUCAGCACCCUGAAGACAUCCUCCCAAGUCCCCCAGUUGCCAAGGUCUGA